AUGGCUUUCCCAGAGUCUAUUCGAGAAGUCACCGGCUAUGUCUUAGUAGCUCUUAACCAGUUCCGCUACCUGCCUCUGGAGAAUCUACGCAUUAUUCGUGGGACAAAGCUCUAUGAGGAUCGAUAUGCGUUGGCAGUAUUUCUAAACUACAGGAAAGAUGGAAACUUUGGGCUUCAGCAACUUGGAUUAAAGAACUUGACAGAAAUCUUAAAUGGUGGAGUCUACGUGGACCAGAACAAGUUCCUUUGUUAUGCAGACACAAUUCAUUGGCAAGAUAUUGUUCGGAAUCCAUGGCCUUCCAACUUGACUUUGGUGUCAACAAAUGGUAGCUCAGGAUGUGGGCGUUGUCAUAAAUCCUGUACUGGCCGAUGCUGGGGACCCACAGAACAUCACUGCCAGACUUUGACAAGGACAGUGUGUGCAGAACAAUGCGACGGCAGGUGCUAUGGACCCUAUGUCAGUGACUGCUGCCAUCGAGAGUGUGCUGGAGGCUGUUCAGGACCUAAGGACACGGAUUGCUUUGCCUGCAUGAAUUUUAAUGACAGUGGAGCAUGUGUUACUCAGUGUCCCCAAACCUUUGUCUACAAUCCAACCACUUUUCAGUUGGAGCAUAACUUCAAUGCAAAGUAUACCUACGGAGCAUUCUGUGUCAAGAAAUGCCCACAUAAUUUUGUCGUAGAUUCCAGUUCUUGUGUACGUGCCUGUCCCAGUUCCAAGAUGGAAGUAGAAGAAAAUGGUAUUAAAAUGUGCAAACCUUGUACUGACAUUUGCCCAAAAGCUUGUGAUGGUAUUGGCACAGGAUCACUGAUGUCAGCCCAGACUGUGGAUGCCAGCAACAUUGACAAAUUCAUAAACUGCACGAAGAUCAAUGGGAAUUUGAUCUUCCUUGUCACUGGUAUUCACGGGGAUCCUUACAAUGCAAUUGAAGCUAUAGACCCAGAGAAACUGAAUGUCUUCCGGACUGUCAGAGAAAUAACAGGCUUCUUGAACAUACAAUCAUGGCCACCAAACAUGACCGACUUCAGUGUUUUCUCCAACUUGGUCACCAUUGGUGGAAGAGUGCUCUACAGUGGCCUCUCCCUGCUUAUUCUCAAGCAACAGGGCAUCACCUCUCUACAGUUUCAGUCUCUGAAGGAAAUCAGUGCUGGAAACAUCUAUAUCACUGACAACAGCAACCUCUGUUACUAUCAUACCAUUAAUUGGACAACCCUUUUCAGCACAAUCAACCAACGCAUAGUGAUCCGCGACAACAGGAAAGCUGAAAAUUGUACUGCUGAAGGGAUGGUGUGCAACCAUCUGUGUUCAAAUGAUGGCUGCUGGGGACCUGGACCAGACCAGUGCUUGUCAUGCCGCCGCUUCAGCCGAGGAAAGGUCUGCAUUGAGUCCUGCAACCUCUAUGAUGGUGAAUUUCGGGAGUUUGAGAAUGGCUCCAUCUGCGUGGAGUGUGACCCCCAAUGUGAGAAGAUGGAAGAUGGCCUCCUUACAUGCCAUGGACCGGGACCUGAUAACUGUACAAAAUGCUCUCAUUUUAAGGAUGGCCCGAACUGUGUGGAAAAAUGUCCAGAUGGCUUACAAGGGACAAACAGUUUCAUUUUCAAGUAUGCUGAUCAGGAUCGGGAGUGCCACCCCUGCCACCCCAACUGCACCCAAGGGUGCAUAGGCUCAAGUAUUGAAGACUGCAUCGGCCUCAUGGAUAGAACUCCCCUGAUUGCAGCCGGAGUCAUUGGUGGGCUUUUUAUCCUGGUCAUCCUGGCUCUGACGUUUGCAGUUUACGUUAGACGGAAAAGCAUCAAAAAGAAAAGAGCCUUGAGAAGAUUCCUGGAAACAGAGCUGGUGGAGCCCUUGACGCCCAGCGGCACGGCACCUAAUCAAGCUCAGCUUCGCAUUUUGAAAGAGACUGAGCUCAAGAGGGUCAAAGUCCUUGGCUCCGGCGCUUUCGGAACAGUUUAUAAAGGCAUUUGGGUACCUGAAGGAGAAACAGUGAAGAUUCCUGUGGCUAUUAAGAUUCUUAACGAGACAACUGGUCCCAAGGCCAAUGUGGAGUUCAUGGAUGAAGCUCUGAUAAUGGCGAGCAUGGAUCAUCCACACCUAGUCCGUUUAUUAGGUGUGUGUCUGAGCCCAACGAUUCAGUUGGUUACCCAGCUUAUGCCCCAUGGCUGCCUUUUGGAUUAUGUCCAUGAACACAAGGAUAACAUUGGUUCACAACUGCUGCUUAACUGGUGUGUCCAGAUAGCUAAGGGAAUGAUGUACCUGGAAGAACGACGACUUGUUCAUCGAGAUUUGGCAGCCCGAAAUGUCUUAGUGAAAUCUCCAAACCACGUGAAAAUCACAGAUUUUGGACUGGCCAGACUCCUGGAAGGAGAUGAAAAAGAGUAUAAUGCUGAUGGAGGAAAGAUGCCAAUCAAAUGGAUGGCUUUGGAGUGUAUACAUUAUAGGAAAUUCACACACCAGAGUGAUGUUUGGAGCUAUGGAGUAACUAUAUGGGAACUGAUGACCUUUGGAGGAAAACCUUACGAUGGAAUUCCAACCCGCGAGAUUCCUGACUUGUUAGAGAAGGGGGAACGUUUGCCCCAGCCUCCCAUCUGCACUAUUGACGUCUACAUGGUCAUGGUCAAAUGCUGGAUGAUUGAUGCUGACAGCAGACCGAAAUUCAAGGAACUGGCUGCUGAAUUCUCAAGGAUGGCCCGAGACCCUCAGCGAUACUUAGUUAUACAGGGCGAUGAUCGCAUGAAGCUUCCCAGUCCCAAUGACAGCAAGUUCUUUCAGAACCUCCUGGAUGAAGAAGACCUAGAAGAUAUGAUGGAUGCUGAGGAAUAUCUGGUCCCUCAGGCUUUUAACAUCCCACCUCCCAUCUAUACUUCCAGAGCAAGAAUUGACUCAAAUAGGAGUGAAAUUGGACACAGCCCUCCUCCUGCCUACACCCCUAUGUCAGGAAACCAGUUUGUGUACCGAGAUGGGGGGUUCGCUGCGGAACCAGGUGUGUCCGUGCCCUACAGAGCCACGACUAGUACGAUCCCCGAAGCUCCCGUUGCUCAGGGUGCCACAGCUGAGAUUUUCGAUGACUCCUGUUGUAAUGGCACCCUGCGAAAGCCAGUGGCACCCCAUCUUCAAGAGGACAGCAGCACCCAGAGGUACAGCGCAGACCCCACGGUGUUUGCCCCGGAAAGGAGCCCACGAGGAGAACUGGAUGAAGAAGGCUACAUGACGCCUAUGCGAGACAAACCCAAACAAGAAUAUCUGAAUCCUGUGGAAGAGAAUCCCUUUGUUUCUCGAAGGAAAAAUGGAGAUCUUCAAGCCUUGGAUAACCCUGAGUAUCACAAGGCUUCCAGUGGUCCACCCAAGGCAGAGGAUGAGUAUGUGAAUGAGCCACUGUACCUCAACACGUUUGCCAAUGCCUUGGGGAACGCUGAGUACCUGAAGAACAAUGUACUGUCUGUGCCCGAGAAAGCCAAGAAAGCAUUUGACAACCCUGACUACUGGAACCACAGCCUGCCACCUCGAAGCACCCUUCAGCAUCCAGACUACCUGCAGGAGUACAGCACAAAAUAUUUUUAUAAACAGAAUGGACGGAUCCGGCCUAUUGUGGCAGAGAAUCCCGAAUACCUCUCUGAGUUCUCCCUGAAGCCAGGCACUGUGCUGCCUCCUCCACCCUACAGACACCGGAAUACUGUGGUAUAA